AGCAUGAAUGCCCAAUUUCUGGAGAGGCCAUAUCACGGUAAAUGCUGCACGGCCAAUCCAAACAGCAGAUUUCCCUCGCAUGGCUUAAGGCUGAGCAACGAAUAAAUGCAUCUCAGGAAAAACUACAAAUCCCACUCUGCAACCUGGUUUGCGUAUGACGCCAUGAUCUCUUCAGCUCGUUUCUGUUGGCUUUGUGCGAAGCGAGAGACGACGCGGAGAUGUUUGGGCUAAAGAAACCAGCAUAGGGAAUUCAUUUUACAGACAUGGAGGAACCUCCAGUAGUGGAGGCAGCAACCAAGUCGGUCAUGGAGUGCUUGACACAGCCAGUGGAGACAGUUGAACAAGCAGUAGAAAUCGAGGAACAACCAAUCGUUACAGGUGAACAAUGCAUGGAAACUGAAGAACAACCAAUGAGUGAACUGCUACCUGCCACAGUAGAAGAGGCUUUGGAGUGUGUCUCAGUCCCCACAGCUUCUACAGAGAUAAUACUUGAACUAUCCGCUGUUCCUCUAGAGUCUGCUGCUUCUGAAGAGUGGGAACUGGGCCAACCUGAGGAUGCACAGAAGGAGACCCAUGUGGAUGACGUGGCCGCUAGUGACAGAAAAAAUAUUCCCCCCAAGAAGAACCGAAUGGAGCCACUCAAGAUGGACAUGUCUAGGCCACCAAAAAUGGUGAUGCCUCUCACGUCUUCCCAGAUCUCUCUGCAGUGCCUGGAGUGUCACAUCAUCUUCAGCGACCACAAGAGCAAAGAGCGCCACCUCAAGCAGAGUCACCCGGCAGAGUACGAGCAGUGCAUGCUGGGGGAUGCCCUGUUUGCCUGCUACGUCUGCGACCGCCACUUCACCAACUCCAGUGACCUUAUGCUUCAUCAGCGUGCGCACACGGAAAAGACACCCUUCAAGUGCCCCAUCUGUGGUGAGGCCUUCAGCCGUUCCUCUGAGCUCACCCUCCAUAAGAAGCUUCACUUCGGCCUGUACGGAUACACCUGCGCAGACUGUGGAAAACCCUGCAAGACACUCACCUUACUGAAGUAUCACCGCCGCACGCACACAGGGGAGAGGCCCUAUGUCUGUAAGGAGUGUGGCAAGAGGUUUAGCAUGUCCAAGGCCCUCCAGAAACACGCACUAGCGCAUUUGCCGGAAGGAAUGAAAGGAGACGUUGGAGGGAUCACACCACCGACAAAGGCACAGCUAAAGAAGAAUAGUGGCACUGCAGUGGUGAAAUUGUCCUGCUCGGUGUGCAAGGCAACCUUCAAGACUGCCAAGACACGGCUGCAUCACAUGAAACACAAGCACAACCUGUGUGUUACAGCACCCAGCAGCACCACACUAGCUGGCCAACAGGUGAAGCUAGGUCAGCCCAUCAUAACCCAGGUUCAUAUGGGCCAGCCAACCUUUCUCCACAUGGAACCCCUUGGGCCCCUCCACCAGGUGGAAAACAUAGAUACUGAACAAAUCCGGAAACUAAUAGAGUCUUUGGGGAACGUGCGCAAAGUGAACCAGGUGGUGAUACUGGGUCAGGUGCUGCCACACGGUCAACCAUUGGAUCUACAGUGGCUACAGGGAAAGAGAGAGCAUUUGCAAUUCCGUUUUACUCAACCACAUUUUAUAGAGCUGAAAAAGAUUGGGGGUGGAGACACUAAGUCAAUGGGACUGGAACAGGCAAAGCCACAAUGUGAAUCGCUGGAACCAAUUACUACAUUGGAACCUGUAAUAUCAGAUGGACAAAUGGAGACCCCGUUACUUUCACACACACAGGAAGUUGCAUACGCUGUGCCAGCUGAGCAUGCUGGAUUAAAACAAACACACGAAGGAGAGAUGAUUCCUCAGCAGUUACUUAGACAGACUGGUCAGGCAGUUGAAGAAGAGAACACUAUGAUUCAGACUGUGUCAGUGGAAGAGGUGUUCUGUCACAGUGAAACAGUUGAGCUCAGGGAAACGACUGAACAAAGUCAAACGGUUGUGUUGGAAGUCACUCCUUCACUGAUACCAACUCUGGAAUUGGAACAGACUCAAACCGAUCAACAAGGACUUAUGUCUGCUUCCUCACUACCAACAUUUCUUUUUGAACAGACUUCUGGACAGAAUCUAAUGGUUCAGGAGGAAAAUAUCUCUGUACCGUCGCUCAUACCAACAGUGGAGUUAAAGCUGAGGCCAUUAAAAACUGACCAGCAGGAAGAACUCUCCACUUCCUCAUUGGUACCAACAGUUAAGUUUGCACAAACUCCUCCUGGACAAACAAGCCAGGUAGGAGAGACAGCCAGACAGAUGGAGACAUUACAGUUAGAGCAGAUCUAUUCCAGUAUUGGACAGACACAACAGACAGGAAUAGGACAGCGAAGAUCAGUUGAGAAACCUCUUCUAGAAAACACAGAGAAUGACCAGCAGCACAUUUUGGAAAAUCCUUGUGAAGGAAAGAAACAGACAUCACAAGAGCAGUUGCAGACACUGAUAGAUAAGUCUGCUUCUAACAACGCACUGAACAGCAGAGAGCUACAACCUUGCACUCAGACGUCAGAAAUAUUCCCUCCGCCGUCCGAGACUAAAGCACCACAGAGUUCACAACUGCCUGUGCAUUUGAUGUCAGUACAAGAAUUUGUAAAAGUGAGGAAGAGAAAGCAGCCAAAUAACUCUAUAGUGCAAGGAAAUAUGCAACAGCAGACGGUUGAGGUGAAAGGGGAGGCUGCCAAACGACCAAGAGCAACGAAAGCUCAUCUUGUUGUGAAGUUUGGUCCUAAAGAAAGGCCUAAAAAUCAGAAGCUUCCACAACCAUCUAAGUUGCUUCAGAAAGGAGACCAGAUUCAGGAUAUGAACCAAAUGUGUGUCUCAGCUCAACCUGACAAAAACUUGCCCUUAAAGGUUGGUAAAGAAACGGUCAAGAGGAAAAACAAUAUUUCCAAGUCAAAAAUCAAAUCCCCAUCCAUAUUGUGUGACCCACAUGUGCAGCAAGUCUUGCAGGUAGAUGAGCAGGUGCAUCAAGUGAAGCCGGGGAAGAAGAAAGUAGAAAAGCAAAAGUAUGUAAUUAGUGAGACUUGUUCUGAGCAGAUUAGCGCUGAACCAAUUAGCGAGCAAGAGGUGAUCACACCACCCAAGCCAAAAAAGAAAAAGCAGCAGACGAUAGCGCAGGAGGACCAGCCUAAGAAAACAAAGGGCCAAAAGAUGUCAAAAAUGGGGAGAAAGAAAAAUAAACCGAAUGUGAAAGCAAGCCCCAAAACAGAAGAUAUGCCCGACCCUGAAAUAAAGCAACAGUCCCUUCUCCUACUGAAGGGUCACAAACAGCCCCAAUUGAAAGUUUACAAAUUAGAUGCCUCAAAAGCCCCCAAGCAAACAGAUCUCCACCAAGACACCCAUCCCAUCCAUAAGAAGAAAGGGCCAAAAAGCAAGCAACUAAAAAUGCUAGCUGCUGGAGGGAAAAGAAAAGUAGGGAGACCCAAAAAGAACCACACAGCACUCUCUGUGUUGGCUCCUUUAAAGACUACGUCUCAUUCUUCUGACACCUCUCCGACCAAGCCAAAGACCAGGAGGAAACGUAAGGCCCAAAAAGUGGAGACAGAGGGGCUCAUCAGUGGCUCUCAUUCCCCGCGAGCCCUUGAAUGUAAGGACUGUGGUGAGAGGUUCUCUGACGUCUCGUCCCUCCAGGAGCACAAGGCAGCCCUGCAUGCAGUGGAGAGCCCUGGUCUCACCUACACUAACGGCAACAUCUUUGAGGGCGUUUCUGGGUCAGAUCUAGGCCCGCCUCCACUUAAAGAGACUGAGGAGGUCAUUGAAAAUUCAUUGAGUCAAAACACGUUUGGAAUGCAGGUAGCAUCUGACUGGGAUAUGGCGGUGGAGAUGAGAGAGGUAGGGUUGGGAGAAAGAGGGGGAGCGAGGGAACACCAGAGCUCACCGCAUAAAGACAGUUCACAAAAUGAGGGAUCCAGCCUUCAUGAAAACAGCACUCAUGAAAACAAUAGCACUCAUGCACUAUCUGCACAUGCUCAGAUUGAAAAUGUGAAUAGAACUGUAACAACACAAAAUGUACAGACUAAAUCCUGCCCCUCUGACCCGCUGGAGAUCAAGCAAGAGGAGGAGGAAAUUAUGGUGCAGAUGAGAGAAGUGGAAAAGAGGGGAGUGGGUAGAAGGAAUUAUACCAAGGGCAGGAGAAGAGGAGUUGGACGUGGGAGGAGAGGUUCAGCCACAAGGAAGGGUCGAGAAGGAGUGGGCAUGAGAGAAAUUGAACCAGAGAAAGAAAUUGAUGAAUGUCAGGUAGUCUACCAGCUGUAUUCACUCAAUAAUGAUACUGAAAUCAAGGAUGAGGCAGACGUCACGACUCUCCAUCCUGGUCAGUCAUCUCCCAUCAGUUUACAGACCGAGAUCAGAUCUAUUUCUGAGCAAAACAUGCUAACAGCUCCAUGUCCAUCUGGAUCCUGCAUCUCACCGCUUGAGGAGGACCCUGAGGACCAGGUAGUGUUUGAGCUUGAGUCAGUCACCACCAGUGUAGUGGAGGUGUUGAAGACCGAAGAUGGGAUGGUGAUGAAAGGAGUAGCAGGGGACCAGGAUGACAGGGACACUGGCCAAUCCCCAGGCAUCAUACUGGAGAGGUUCCUCACCUCAAGGCAGAGCGAGGCAGCAGUGGGGGAGAAUGGAGUGGUGCUCAUGGUAGACUUGAGAGGUCAGGAGGUCAAGGUGGAGGAGAAAACCUCAGAUUUGGUUCCUGUGCCACACACCUCUCAUGCCAGACACACAGUGGAGCAGAGGGGGGUCAGGAUGUAUCUGCUGAAGCAGGAAAACAACCUGGUUUUGAAUGACCCCCAGGUUAGUCAAGGUCAAUCCCAAUUGAAUGUGGAGCACAGCAGUACCAGGCAGUGCAUAUUCUACCCCGUGAAGGAGGAGCGGGAGCUUCUGGAUGAGCCAUCUCAAAGUGAGCAGGGAGUACCAGCGCUGGUGGUGCCUGGAGAGGCCAAACUCAACCAUCCAAUGGAGAGACUAUCUACUACCAACCCUGCAGUAGAGGAGUAUGAGGUGAACAGGAGAGCAGCAAAGUUGAGAUCUGAGAUCAAUGAGAAUGGAGAAGGUGACCUAGACUUUGAGCAGCAAGACACCGAAGAGCUUGUUGAUUUCCUACUUCAGAAUUCUGACGAAGUGGAGUCCGAGGUUGUUGAAUGUUCUGACCCGCAGCCUGACCUUGAGGCUGUAGUCAUGGCCUGUUUCCAUGACAGCAAAAACCAUCCCUCACUGCAUUCAAAUUAUAUACCAAACAACUUGCCAACCACAGAAAGCCAGGCUCAUUCAGUAUCUAUGGAAGGGUCCCAGGCAGGGACUGGCUACAGGAAACCCAUUGAUUACUUCUCCAAGUAUUUUGGUUGGGACGCUUGGGCAGAGAUUGCCCGUUGCACAAAUAAAGUGUCCCAUCUUUCAAACGCAGUAUCAGCAAAAGAGGUGGCCCAGUUUGUCGGAAUCCACAUUGCCAUGGGAACAUUGAAGUUCCCCAGUCUCAAGCUGUACUGGCAGGACUUCACCAGGGUGCCUCUGGUUGCUGACACCAUGUCUGCCUCCCGCUUCUCCCAACUCUCCUGCAAACUGCAACUGUCUGUGUCUGCAAAAUCCACAACCCAGACGUCCACAGACCCUCACAGCAUUUGGCAGAGGUGUGGGGACAUGCCAUCCAGUCAGGACUGUUUUAGUUUUAAAACUGACCUUUGGAGGGUUAGACCGUUAAUGGACCAUGUUCGGGCUGGAUGCCUGAUGCUGAGAAGAGAGGGUGACCAUGGAGUCGAUCAAUACCCUCUCCCUUUGACGUGUAGAGCGGUCAACAACAAGCGGCCCUCCUUGCACAGCACAGUCUUAGUUAGAUCUGACGGUCUGAUCAUAGAUUUCAACCUUAGUCUGGAUCUCUCCAACAAAGAGGCCACUGUUGAGAAAAUGGUGCCUAGAGAUGGGAUGGUGUAUCUCUGCAAGCAGGAGCUCUCUACCCCUGCCAUGUUGGAGCACCUCCUUGGGUCUGGGGUGCAUGGUGCGGGAAAGGUGGGAGGAGCCAAAGGACAGAUGGGUGAUGAGUUUGUUAGCUCUGACGGGCGGCUGAUGCUUCACAGGUACCAUCUCGGCUUCAUCCUCUCUACUGUAGGGAAGGCCCAGCAGAACAUGGCAUCGCUCGUCGACAGCUUCGAGAAGGCUCAAAAAGCAACCAGCCUCAAUAGAGACUUACUGAAUCUCUACCAUUCCCCACUCUCAGCCUCAGAACCAACUAGCUGGCCACAGGCUGUUCUGUGGUACCUUACAGAUCUGGCUCUGGUAAACUCAUGGAUGCAGUACAGGCAGGAUCAUGUUCCUCUGCCUGAGCCUUUGAACCUCAUGGCAUUCAGGCUAGAGGUCUCCAAGGCCUUGAUCCUCUCUAGUGGCUCAGACACCCAGGACUCAGCCCCUCCGCACCCCCCUCAGAAAUUACACUCCCCGGGCACAGCCCCAGAUCCUGGCCUGUUACAGGAUAGUCCUCUCCCUGACAUGGCCACGCAGUACGACGGUUCGGGCCACUGGCCGGAGCAGCUUGGGGAGGGAGAAGGUGGCAGGUGCCGCUUCGGAGGCUGUGAGCGACUGUCUCGAGUACGAUGCCUCAAGUGUUGCGUGUUUCUCUGUAUCUCUCGUAAUCACAACUGCUUCUUGAAUUUCCACAGUCAAGGGACUUUUUGAAGCUGAUAAGAUUUGUUUUUUUAUUAAGUGGUGCACGUUUUAUUUAAUGCUAUGUUUAGCUUUUCUUUAAACAUGUUUUUUCUUUUAGGUUAGAUGCUCUGAUUUCAUAUUUCUCCCCCCUACCCCAAAUAUGUUUUUGAGUAGUACUCUUUUCAGUGUCAGCUUCAGUACUGUGCAUCAAAUUAGGAACUUGGUCCCUUUUUUUUUUAGCCUACUGUGUAAAUGUAAUCUUAAUGUAUGCAAUGGCUUUUGUAUGAAUUUGUCAACAAAAUAAAAUGUGAAGAGAAUUAAUGAUAACCUUAAAGUCAAUGUCUCUGAAACCAAGUGAAAAUACAUUUGAAGUUGUUUUUGAAAUUAUAAUUUAAAAUAGUACUGCAUUUUUUUUAUUAACCUUGUUUAGUUGUUUACAUGCCAAGCAGCUUUUGCAUGUGUUUUUUGUUGCGUUCUUUGUAAAUGUAAUAAUUUAGUUAAUACUGUUGGAGUAAAUACAUGUACGUUUCCUGA